AUGGAUCCUCUUUCGGGUGCGACAAGUGUUAUCGCAGUCAUCCAGUUAACCGGAGGUAUCAUGCUAAUAUGUGGAAAAUAUCUCAAUAACGUCAAGAACGCGACGCACGAUAUUCAGCGCUUUCAAGAGAAGAUCACCGCCCUUACCGAAGUUCUUCAAUCCCUCGAUGAGCUAAUCCGUGGAUCUGAUGGCAACAAUCUUACUGCUACGAAAGACCUGGUCCAUAAUAUUACCAACUGUUCUUCAGCACUUGCAAAUUUAAAAGAGAAGAUCAAUCCGGAAACGACGCAAAAACGGAUGACGAAAUGGGGCCUUCGAGCCUUGAAAUGGCCGCUAGCACGGUCGGAGGUAGAAACUGCUAUCAAGGAGCUCGAGUGCUAUAAAUCAACAUUUACUUUGUUCUUACAGGUUAAUCAAACGAGAACUACCAAUUCGAUCCACAGAAAGAUAGACCUCAGCAGACUACGCACUGCAAAACAAGCAGCAUUCGACUCCUACGACAAUCAACAUAGUGAAUGUCUCCCGGGGACCCGAAUCAACCUGCUUCGAGAGAUCGAAGAGUGGGCAAAAUCUCCGCACGGAAAAUGCAUAUUUUGGUUAAACGGCAUGGCAGGGACAGGGAAAUCAACAAUCUCCAAAACAGUUGCAAGCCGUCUUCAAGAGCAGCAGCUUCUCGGGGCGAGCUUCUUCUUUCAGAGAGGCGAAGAGGACAGAGGAACAGCAAAAUAUCUGUUCCCGACAUUAACCGAUCAACUCCGCAUCUGCAUACCUCAAAUGCUGCCUCCAGUUCAAAAGGCAAUCGACGAUGACCCUAAUAUUUCGGAAAAGGUGUUAAGAGAGCAAUUCGAAAAGCUUUUACUAGAUCCACUAGUUGGAAUUGAGCAACGCGAAGAGACUAUAAGAGUGAUCCUAAUUGAUGCUCUAGAUGAAUGCGACUUAGAAGACGAUAUAGGGAUUAUUCUCCGACUCUUACCACAAGUUCGAAAGUCACCUUCCGUGCGACUACGGUUUUUGUUAACAAGCAGACCUGAGUUGCCGAUCAGGCUAGGCUUCGAAGAGAUCAGCGAUGCCCAUCAGGAUUUGGUCCUCCAUGAGAUUGAAAAGCCAGUGAUAGAGCAUGAUAUAUCCUUAUAUUUUAAGGAUCAAUUGCUACGCCUAAAACAGAGGCGCUCGCUUCCACCAGACUGGCCCGGAGACGCAGCUACUAAGGAAUUGGUUAAUAGGGCCGUCCCUUUGUUCAUUGCAGCUGCUACCGUAUGUCGGUUUAUUGGUGAUGCAAAAUGGAGUCCCCAAAAGCGACUUAAAGCGAUAUUGGCAGACCAAUCAACCUAUGUGUCUAAGAUGGACAGCACAUAUAUUCCUGUGCUAGAGCAACUUCUCACUGGCCAGAAUGAAACAGAGUCACGGGAAUUACUCGAAGAAUUUAAGGAGAUUGUCGGGGUAAUCAUUAUUCUUACUACUCCGCUCUCGAUCAAUUCCCUUAGCCAUCUAAUAGGCAGAGAGUCAGAUGAUGUCAAAUGUCGAUUAGACCAGCUCCAUUCGGUGCUCAGUGUACCAAAUAAUUUCGACACACCCGUUAGGCUCCUCCAUCUAUCAUUCCGAGAUUUUCUUUUAGAUCACCACAAAGAGAAAAGCAAAUUCUGGAUCGAUGAAAAGCAUACAAACCAGCGUCUUACAGAACGAUGCCGUCAAAUCAUGCAGGACAGACUAGAGAAAAACAUCUGCAAACUGCCAAGCGAAGGCAUGCAAAGGAAUGAAAUUAGCGAUGAUUCGAUUCAGCAUUAUAUACCUCCCGAACUGAAAUAUGCCUGUCGAUACUGGGCGCAUCAUCUAUUACAAUGCACGGACUUGUCUAGCAUGAUGCACAAUGCUUAUUUAUUUCUCCAGGUGCACUUUUUGCACUGGGUGGAAGCAAUGAGCCUGCUAGGCCUUACCUCAGAAAUAUCAGUUGUUCUUGAUCGCCUCCAAACGGCCAUAUCGGGUAACGACUCUUCCCUAAUUUCGGAUUUCCUUCACGAUGCAAAGCGCUUUGUUCUGAAGAAUCGCCAGAUAGUUGAUCAGGCCCCCCUUCAAGUUUAUUGUGCAGGACUUGUAUUUGCACCCCGAACCGGGAUGAUCCGUAGAGUUUUCAAGCGGUCACUUCCUACUUGGAUAUGUCAGUUACCACAAGUCGACGAAGGAUGGAGCGCGCUCACCCAGACUCUCGAAGGCCAUCUAGGCUGGGUUCAAUCGGUGGCCUUCUCACCCAACGGCCAGCUGCUAGCGUCCGGCUCUACUGAUCGGACAGUGCGGCUCUGGGACCCAGUGACGGGCGCGCUCACCCAGACCCUCGAAGGCCAUUCAGGCUCGGUUCAAUCGGUGGUCUUCUCGCCCAAAGGCCGCCUACUGGCGUCCGGCUCUAAUGAUUGGACAGUGCGGUUGUGGGACCCGGUGACGGGCGCGCUCACCCACACCCUCAAGGGCCAUUCAAGUUCGGUUCAAUCGGUGGCCUUCUCGCCUGACGGCCGCCUACUGGCGUCCGGCUCUAGUGAUCGGACAGUGCAGCUCUGGGACCCGGUGACCGGCGUGCUCCUCCAGACCCUCGAAGGCCAUUUAGGCCCAGUUCGAUCGGUGGCCUUCUCGCCUGACGGGCGCCUGCUGGCAUCCGGCACCGGCUCUAAGAAUGGUACUGUGCGGCUCUGGGACCCGGUAACGGGCGCGCUCACCCAGACCCUCGAAGGCCAUUUAGGCUCGGUUGAAUCGGUGGCCUUCUCGCCCGACGGCCGCCUGCUGGCGUCCGGUACCGAUGAUACAGUGCGGCUCUGGGAUCCGGCAACGGGUACGCUCACUCGGACCCUCGAAGGCCAUUCUGGCUCGGUUGAAUCGGUAGCCUUCUCACCCGACGGCCACCUACUGGCUUCAGGCUCCGAGGACAAUAAAGUGCGGCUCUGGGACCUGGCGACGGGCGCGCUAACCCGGACCCUCGAAGGCCACUCUGGCUCACUUGAAUCAGUAGCCUUCUCACCCGACGGCCGCCUACUGGCGUCCGGCUCCGAUGAUGUUGUGCGGCUCUGGAAUCCAACGGACGCGCUCACCGAGACCCUCGAAGGCCAUUCAGGCUGGGUUCAAUCGGUGGCCUUCUCGCCCAACGGCCAUCUGCUGGCAUCCAGCUCUAACGACCAGACAGUGCGGCUCUGGGACCCGGCAACGGGCGCGCUCACUCAUACCCUCGAAGGCCAUUCGAGCUGGGUUGAAUCGGUGGCCUUCUCGCCCGACAGCCGCCUACUGGCGUCCGGCUCCGAGGACAAUACAGUGCGGCUCUGGGACCCGGUGACGGGCGCGCUCACCCAGACCUUCGAAGGCCAUUCUGGCUCUGUUCAAUCGGUGGCCUUCUCGCCUGAUGGCCGCCUACUGGCGUCCGGCUCCGAUGAUCAGACAGUGCGGCUCUGGGACCCGGUGACGGGCGCGCUCACCCAGACCCUCGGAGGCCAAUUAGGCUGGGUUCGAUCGGUAGCUUUCUCACCCGACGGCCGUCUGCUGUCAUCCGGUUCUGGUGAUAAGACAGUGCGGCUCUGGGACCCGGUGACGGGCGCGCUCAUACAGACCCUCGAAGGCCAUUCAGGCUCAGUUCGAUCGGUGGCCUUCUCACCCAACGGCCGCCUACUGGCGUCCGGCUCUAGUGAUAAGACAGUGCGGCUCUGGGACCCGUUGACGGGCGCGCUCACCCGGACCCUCGAAGUUAAAGAAAAAGUCAUUACGCUCCAAUUUUCCCAUAGUGGCUUAUAUCUCCACACCAACUUAGAUGCCCUUUACAUCCAAGCUAGGUGUGACAUUUCUACGUCGCAUCCACCUCAUACGACUCCAGACAUCUCUAUCGACAACUGCCAGUGGAUAGCAUUAAACGGCAGAAGAGUUCUGUGGCUUCCUGUCGAGUCUCGGCCUAGCUGUUUCAAGAUAAACGGUAAUGUACUUGCCCUAGGACACGUAUCAGGGCGGGUUUCAUUUUUUGGGUUUUGUAUGUAG